UGUGGAAGGGAUCCAUGAGCAGUUUUAUGGCUCUGCUUUUGGCGAUGGAUCCAACUCCGACACCAAUAGCAGAAGUGGUCAUUUUUGGUAACUAGUCUCACGUGUUCAACCUGAAUGUAAUCUAAGUAUCAAAUUUCGCACCAGAGUACGUGGCUGCCACAGAACAUAUCUCCCUUCUAUUGUCAUCAAUCUCAGCCGUCCAUUUCUUUCUCCCAUCAUCAUUUAUUUACCUCACCUCACCUCACCUCGCAUUUACAGCAGAACUCACUUUAGCGACCAACACUUCUAACUCAUGCACAAGCUCUUCACACAACCCAAGAUUCCCAUUGACUGCUCUGCUUACUCUUAAGUCUCAUCGGAAUCUGGAUUUUCUUUCAUACCCAGAAGCUAUUUUCAGGAGAUUUUGAAGAGAUUAAGCCUAUUGGAUUAUCAAUGCUGAAGAGGAGGAGGAAUUUAUAUCAAUCCAAGCAUGCAUUUGGCGAUUAUCGUAAGCAUUUUCACCUCCACACCAACUAAUGCUUUUGAGGCAUUUUUUCAUGAUUCAUGGCAACCUGUGGAAUUCAUAAGAAUUGAGGAUGGGAUUGUGACCAUGCAUCUCACUGAUAACCAAACUCUGGUUGAGGAGAAACGUCCAUUCUCAAAUCUUCGAAUAAAAUCAAGGAAAGCAACUUUAUCUGACUGCACUUGCUUUUUGAGGCCUGGAGUUGAUGUAUGCGUGCUUUCAGCCACUGAAAAUGAAUAUAAUUCAGAAGAAGAAAAUAAAGAUCAUGUGUGGCUUGAUGCUAACAUAAGUUCUAUUGAGAGAAAGCCUCAUGGAGAUCAAUGUUUAUGCCAGUUUUAUGUUAAAUUAUAUGUCAACCAAGGUCAUCUUGGUUUUGAGAGAGGAACUCUUAGUAAAGAUUGUAAACAGGUAGGAAUCGAUCAAAUAACCAUCCUCCAAAAGCUUGGAAAAGAAGCUUGUGAAGAUCAACACUACCGGUGGGAUUUCUCUGAGAACUGCUCUUUGUUGCAAAGAUCUAAGUUGCUGCUGGGGAAAUUUUCAUCUGAUAUUUCAUGUUUACUUGUUGCAUCAGUUUUGAAGGAGACUUCCUUUGAUAUUAGAUCUGUGAAAAACAAAAUGGUCUAUCAAGUUUUGGAUGGUGAUGAAGAAAACUUUGCACCAAACUCAGAUAAACAUCUAAAUGCUAUAAAUUUCAAAUUUCAGGAUGGCAUUUUAACAGCACAUGUGGUUCAGUUUAUUCAAACUGUUACUAAACCGGUCAAUCCUGAUUGUAGUGUGCAAGAAGCUGGACCAGUGCCACCCUGUGAUGUUAUGAACCUGCGGCGUUCCAAGCGUCGAAAUGUACAACCUGAGCGAUUUUUUGGUGGUGAUAUUCCCCCAGACGCAGACACUGGCUGGGUUCGCCAAUGGCCGUAUAAGCCUGACAAAUGGAAAGAAGAAGAUCUGUACUUACCAUUACCAUACUUGUUAGGGGUGCAUUCAAAUUGUUUAGAGGUGAAUAUGGAGAGUGACACAAGAAAUCUUCCUAAAAAGAAGAGCAAGAACAAAUUUAGGGAGAUGAAAUCCAGUAACUCCUAUAAAAAGGAACAUAAUACAGAACUUGCUAUUGUUCCUGUGCCUACUGAAAGUGAUCCAUUAGCCUUUUAUCAGCAUAAUAGCCCUAGCAAAAAUCCUGAAAAUCAUUCAGGAGAGAUUGAUGAAACUCCUAAGUAUUAUUUGAAAGGUACCUGCUCAGUGCAGAGGAGGGAUAUGCCCGAGUUAGAAGAUCCAGAAUUUGAUGGAUGGUGGGGAGAAAGAACCCCCAACAAGAAAAUGCUAAGUAAAAAUGUCUCUGAGGUAGAAGAUAUGGGAUUUGAAAGUAAGUCAUGGGGAAAACCAUCCAACAAGAAAGUCCAAACCAACAGGUUUCUUCCAAGAAGUUCAAAAGAAGGUGAAUGUUGUGAAAAAAAGGUGUACAAAAAAACAACCUUAAGUGCUGGAGCAUACAGUAGACUAAUAAAUUCAUUAAUGAAGAAUAUUGAAUCCACAAAGACAAAUGAAGAACCGGAUAUUAUUGACCAGUGGAAUGGAUUUAAGGCAACAAACUUCCAAAAGCAAAUGAUGGAAAUGGAACAAUCAGAAAUGGAGCAAUCCUCAAGCGAAGACGAUGGAGAAAUUUCAGAAAAUGAACUUUUAUGGAAAGAAAUGGAAUUAUCCAUGGCAUCAGCUUAUAUCCUUGAGGACAAUGAGGGUUCAAAAGCUGGAGAGCCAGCUGAGACUCUGGAAAAAUCAAGUGAAGGUUGCCAACACAAAUACAGAUUAGAUGAAGAACUUGGAAUUUGUUGUAUCAUGUGUGGUUUCGUGCUCACGGAAAUAAAAUAUGUUGCACCACCCUUUAUGCAACACAAAAUCUGGGAAACUGACAAUAAGAUGUUGUAUGAAGAAAAUUCAGAGCACAAGCCUGUUGAAGAUGAAGGCCUGAAUAUUAUCUGCAGCCAGGAUUUCUCUGAAUUCUCCUUGUCAGAAGAGAAUGACAAUGUGUGGGGCUUAAUUCCUGAACUUAAGACGAAACUGCAUUUUCAUCAGAAAAAGGCUUUUGAAUUUCUAUGGAGAAAUAUUGCUGGGUCUGUGGAGCCAGCGCUUAUGGAACCAGCAUCUAAGAAAACUGGUGGAUGUGUUAUUUCUCAUUCUCCUGGAGCUGGAAAAACUUUUCUUGUUAUUGCAUUCCUUGUUAGUUACUUGAAGUUAUUCCCAGGAAAGCGGCCUUUGGUUCUUGCCCCAAAGACAACUCUUUAUACUUGGUACAAAGAAUUUAAUAAGUGGAAAGUUCCUAUACCAGUUCAUCUAAUCCAUGGCCGUAGGACAUAUAGAGUCUUCAAGCCAAAAAGGGUAAGGUCAUUCCGGGGAGUUCCAGCCCCCACUUUAGAUGUUAUGCAUGUUCUAGAUUGCUUAGAGAAAAUACAGAAGUGGCAUGCACAACCCAGCGUUCUUGUCAUGGGUUACACUUCGUUUCUAACACUAAUGCGAGAAGAUUCAAACUUUGCACACAGAAAAUAUAUGGCUAAAGUGCUGCGGGACAGUCCAGGGAUCCUGAUUCUAGAUGAAGGGCACAAUCCCAGAAGCACUAAAUCAAGAUUAAGGAAGGUGCUGAUGAAAGUUGAAACAGACCUGAGAAUAUUGCUGUCAGGUACGUUAUUUCAGAACAACUUCUGUGAGUAUUUCAACACCCUCUGCUUGGCCCGGCCGAAGUUUAUUAAUGAAGUGCUGAGUGAAUUAGACCCAAAAUUCAAAAGGAGAAAAGAGAAGAAGAAGGCCCGCCAUCUAUUGGAAUCCCGUGCAAGAAAGUUCUUCAUAGAUACCAUUGCAAGAAAGAUUGAUUCGGACAUUGGAGAAGAAAGGAUGCAAGGUUUAAACAUGUUGAAAAAUAUCACAAGUGGAUUUAUCGAUGUGUAUGAAGGUGUAGGUUCUGAAGAUCUCCCCGGUUUACAAAUUUACACCUUAAUGAUGAAUCCAACAGAUGUACAACAUGAGGUUUUAUCGAAACUUAAGAAUAUUAUGGAGGUUUACAAUGGAUAUCCCCUUGAGUUGGAGCUUUUGAUAACCCUUGCAUCAAUACAUCCUUGGUUGGUGAAAACUACAAAUUGUGCUAAUAAAUUUUUUACUCCCAAAGAACUGCUGGAGAUUGAGAAGUACAAACAUGAUUUUAGAAAAGGGUCCAAAGUGAUGUUUGUUCUAAAUCUUGUGUAUCGAAUUGUCAAGCAAGAGAAGGUCCUGAUUUUUUGCCACAACAUUGCACCUAUCAAUUUGUUUUCGGAACUAUUGCAGAUCGUCUUUCGGUGGCAGCAUGGUAAAGAAAUUUUGGUCCUCACAGGGGACCUAGAGCUGUUUGAACGAGGAAGAAUAAUGGAUAAGUUUGAGGAACCUGGUGGGCCUUCAAGGGUAUUGAUUGCUUCAAUUACAGCAUGUGCUGAAGGCAUUAGUUUGACAGCAGCUUCGCGAGUGAUUAUGUUGGAUUCAGAGUGGAAUCCUUCCAAGACAAAGCAGGCCAUUGCACGUGCUUUUCGACCAGGUCAACAGAAGGUUGUUUAUGUGUAUCAGCUCUUGGUAACUGGAACACUCGAGGAAGACAAGUAUCGUAGGACAACAUGGAAGGAAUGGGUGUCCUGCAUGAUUUUCAGUGAGGAUUUUUUAGACCCUUCCCUUUGGCAAGCAGAAAAAAUUGAAGAUGAUAUAUUGAGAGAGAUUGUUGCAGAAGACCGGCUCAAGUCUUUCCAUAUGAUAAUGAAAAAUGAGAAGGCUUCAAAAGGGUUGAUCAGAGCCUAGCUCUAUGUGAUAAAGAAAGGCUAAAGAAGAAACCCAUGCAUGUUUGUUGCAGGUUUUUUUGUCCCUUUCUCUCUCUUAAAUGCUUAUCUAUUGACCAGAGGUAUGAACAAAGAGGUGUUACAUUUUCAUAAUCGAUUGCUUAUCAUUAGCUCUACAAUAUUUUCAGAUUAUACAAUGACUGAAUAUGUGUGUGUGUCUGUGUGAUGUUCAUCAAAAAUCACAUUACAUGGUUCUUGUUGAACUAUCUUGCAACUAUUUAGAACAUGAACAUCUUGAGUUUCUGCAGUAAAGGGAUAAUUCUACAUGAUUUAGGAGUCUACGUGUUUUCAUUACAAUCCAGCAAUUAGUACAUGUUUAAGCUUGGCAUGAUGUCUCGCAUCUAGUUUGUUUAUCUAUGUAAAUACUUGCAGAAGUUGAUAGCUGUUCAUUUUA